AUGAGGGGGCAUUUCCGCUCACUUUCGUCUGCUCGCUAUCUUCCCUUCAACCACCAGAAAGAACGAAGCCCAUGCCAGCGAACUAACCCUUCCCUUUCAUUUCCCCCCAUAUUUCCCAAAAUACCCCUCAAACGCUCCAGAUCUCUCUCUCUCUCUCUCUCUCUCUCUCUCUCUCUCGCUUUCAUUUCCACGCUCUGCAGAUCCCUCUUUCUCUGUCUGUAUGUGUGGAGGAAUCUGAACCGUCGGAUCUGGUUCCAUGCACUGCUGAUUCUCUCCAACCAUGGGCAUCCUAUUCACCCGCAUGCUGUCUUCGCUCUUCGGCAACAAAGAAGCCCGGAUCCUUGUUCUCGGCCUCGACAAUGCCGGAAAAACCACAAUUCUCUAUCGGCUUCAGAUGGGAGAAGUAGUUUCGACAAUCCCAACGAUCGGGUUUAAUGUCGAAACUGUGCAAUACAACAACAUCAAAUUUCAAGUGUGGGAUCUUGGUGGGCAGACAAGCAUCAGGCCAUACUGGAGAUGCUAUUUCCCAAAUACUCAAGCUAUCAUAUAUGUCGUUGAUUCGAGUGACACUGAUAGAUUAGUUAUAGCCAAAGAAGAAUUUCAUGCUAUUUUGGAGGAGGAAGAGCUAAAAGGUGCUGUUGUUCUCAUUUAUGCGAACAAGCAGGAUCUCCCUGGUGCUCUAGAUGAUGCUGCAGUAACUGAGGCCUUAGAAUUGCACAAGAUUAAAAGCCGUCAAUGGGCAAUUUUUAAAACUUCAGCAGUAAAAGGUGAAGGCCUCUUUGAAGGGUUGGACUGGUAAGCUCAGCUAGCCCUUGCAGCUUGGACUUUUGUAGUUUUGGCUGAGUAAUACGCUGAAGUCUGGAGGUGGCUAACACUUCGGUGAAGAACUAAAAAGUACCCAUGAUAGUUUUGGGGCCUGCUUCUGGCGAUGGAGAAGAAAAGAUUAUUUGAUUGGUAAGAUUGUGACAGGACAGUAUCAUUUUACAGAUUGGAUUUGUAGAUCAUCAGGACAUGUCAUAUUUGCCAAGGACUAAUGAUUCAAGCCCGUUUCAGGUAUACUUCUUUAACUGUAACACUGGUUGAAAGGUCAGAACAUAGACUCGUGUUGAUGUAUUCCAGUUUGUAGCUCAGAUCGGAAAAUUGUUGAGACUGGUUUGUGUUGAAUUCGAUGGUUAUGAUUGUUUUCGGGACUUAAAAAAGGGGUCAGGGACAUCAUUAACUAAUGGAAUGGUACCCAUUUUGAUUA